AUGGACAUGGACCAUGGCUCAGCAUCGCAGCCCGUUCGCUACAUCCGUAGCCGCAUCGCCAAUGCUUGUGACGGGUGCAAGGCGCGUAAAGUCAAGUGCGACGGGAAACUGCCAUGCGGAUUUUGCGUUGCGCGGCAGAGGGCGCAAGUGUGCCAUUACUCGCCCCAGAGGAGACGGAGACAGUCGCAGAAGCUGCCGAGGUCGCCGCCGCCGUCGGUGCGGGAGUCGCGGGAUCAGGAUCGGGAUCGGUCUACUAGGGACGCUUCUUCGUCGGUGAGGUCGGCAUCACCGAGUCAGACGCCGGCUUCGAGGCGCGUGUCUUCGGUGGCUGGGGUGGGCGUGUCGUCUGCUUCUGCUUCUGCUUCUGCCUCUGUUUCGUCUCCGGCGAUGGGGAGCGAGAGGCGGCAUCGGAUGCAAUCGUCGGCAUCUGCGUUGAACCAGGCUCAGGAGUCGUCUGUGGCUGAGGACGAGACCGAAGUGCCGCGAGAUGCCCGACUGCUUUGUGACGCCCAUGGGAAAUUGACCUUUAUCGGGGAUUGCGCGCCAUUGUCCUUCUUCCAAUCGGUGCGCAGGCUUGUGACCAACCGCGUCGGCCAGAAUGCCUUUGCGCCGCAGACGAGUCGAUUCUCAGUCCUGGAAAAUGCACCGGCACGGCAAUCUAAGAGAUCAGUAAGAGACCCAAGGAUGCCUGAAGUCCGGCCUGUGGAUGUUACCCCUGCGGUUUCGGCCUAUUUGUCGACGACAGCGAGUUUGGUGGAUUUGUUUGACAGUUCGAAGCUGCUGGAUGAUUUGACGAUAUGGGCGAACUUGACGCACAAGCCGGACAAUGUUACGACUAUUAUUCACUUUCUUGUUCUGGCCAUUGGGUUGCAGGCGGAGGAUGACGUGUUGUCUCAGCAGUACUUCGAGUAUGCUCGCGAUCUGGCGUAUACGGAUCUGAGCGACAGUCUUGGUGUUGAGACGGUGCAAGCUUUCAUCUUGGUUACGGUUUACAUGCUGUGUUCCUGUCAGAUCAAUGGAGCCUUUCUCUUCUUUGGCAUUGCUGCGAGGGCGGCCUAUUCGAUUGGCCUGCAUCGAACUGAAGUGAAUGCUCGAUUUGGACACGAAAUUCACCAGCAGAGGGAUCAGCUGUGGAAGAGUCUACGAGUGCUGGACCUAUUUCUCAGCAGCUCCAUGGGACGCCCUCCCGCUACUUCAGAUGUGGAUUGCACUGUUCCUUAUCACGCUCAAGGAGCUGAUGGGAAGGAAGUGUUUGACCUGCUCAAUGCCUCUGUGCAGAUCCUACUGAUACUAGAAAACAUCAUUUUGGAACUGAGAGGCUGGUCUGGAAAAUGGCUUGGCCUACUAAAAGAGGUUAUUGCACAGCCCGCUGCUCGCAAUGAGGCCCAGGUCACAGGAGCCUGCCAGGUGUUGUCAUCAUACUACUAUGCGGUGAUGCUUGUUUCGCGGCCAUUCUUGAUACCGGCAAUGGCAUCGGGAAGAUCAAAGCUGGCGGACGCAUGCAUCGACGCCGCAAGUUUGAUGGUGGAUCCGGUCUUGGAUUUGAUUGAAAGGGGUGUGUUGAAGAGGAAGGCUCCUCUGCUUGUAUCAUGGCUUUUUGCUGCUUCGCUGGUUCUUGGUGUUGGUCUCUUGGGCGGAUUCGGCCGUAUACUGGAAAAGUAUACUCGAAUGUCCAUACAAACCAUGGAUCAUUUUGCGCAGAACGACGCCCAUGCCCGACAAUACUCCUUGAUUGCCCAAUCGUUGCUCACAACAGCAUUGGAGCAUUUGGAACGGCAGGAUCUUCAAGAGCGGAUGCGACGCACAGAAAACUCGAGUCAGUUGUUCGGCCUGGUGGCGCCUGAUGCAAGAUCUCCUUUAAAUAAAUCCCCGGCGCCGCUCAGGGACAUUGACUUGCGAGUCAGCACACCGGAUACGACCAUGACCAGGAGCCGCAGCUCGAUGGAUAGAUCGCUUCUACAGCACCAAAGUUUACCGAGUGGGCCAUCUCCGCGAUUGGGAGAGAUGGAUUCCGUGUUCCUGGGACUGUCGGAGUCGAUGCUGCAUACGCCGGAUACCACGUACUGGGAUGGGAUCGUCGGCAACGACAGCGAUCCGAAUUCUGCUCUAAAUUUAUUUCCACUGUUGGAGGCGGGAGGCGGUAUUGAUUUGGCGCACUGGCUUUAA